AUGAGUCUGUACAACUUCAAAAAGAUCAUGGUGGUGCCGCCCGCCAAGGCCUUCAUCGAUAUUAUGCUAUCGAAGACCCAGCGGAAGACGCCAACCGUUGUACACAAGCACUACAAAAUCAGCCGCAUCCGUGCGUUCUACAUGCGCAAGGUGAAGUACACACAGCAGAACUUCCACGACCGGCUGACCCAAAUCAUCCAGGACUUUCCGAAGCUGGACGAUGUGCAUCCGUUCUAUGCGGAUUUGAUGAAUGUACUGUACGACAAGGAUCACUACAAGCUUGCACUGGGACAGCUAAACACGGCUAGACAUCUGAUUGAUACCGUUGCAAAGGAUUACGUGCGUCUGUUGAAGUUCGGUGAUUCGUUGUAUCGAUGCAAACAACUCAAGAAGGCCGCUUUGGGUCGAAUGGCCACGAUCAUGAAGCGUCAGGCAUCGAACUUGACGUACCUGGAGGAAGUUCGGCAGCAUCUAUCCCGUUUGCCGUCGAUCGAUCCGUACACGCGUACCAUCAUUGUGUGUGGGUUCCCGAACGUUGGCAAAUCCAGUUUCCUGAACAAGGUGACGCGGGCUGAUGUGGAUGUACAGCCGUACGCUUUCACCACGAAAAGCUUGUACGUGGGUCACAUGGACUACAAGUAUCUGCGCUGGCAAGUGAUCGAUACGCCCGGUAUCCUUGAUCAUCCGCUGGAGGAACGGAACGUGAUUGAGAUGCAAGCCAUUACGGCGAUGGCACAUCUGCGCGCCUGCAUCAUGUACGUGAUGGACGUGUCGGAACAGUGCGGACAUUCGAUCGAAGAGCAGGCUAAACUGUUCGACAGUAUCAAGCCGUUGUUCGCCAACAAACCGCUCGUGCUGGUACUGAACAAGACGGACGUGCUGAAGUUCAGUGAGCUGGCGCCAGAAAAGCAGCAGGUCAUUGAAACUCUGUCGGAGGAUCGGGAGGUGAUUCCCAUUCUGGAGAUGUCCACUGCCACAGAGGAGGGCGUGAUGGAGGUGAAGUUGGAAGCGUGCGAGCGGCUUCUCGGGUACCGUGUGGAUCAGAAGCUUAAGACGAAGAAGCUGGACGGUAUAUUGAACCGACUGCACGUGGCCAUGCCGGAAAAGCGUGACGAAAAGGAGCGUCCCGCUUUCAUUCCGGAGGCUGUACUUGCAGCGCGGGCCGCCAACGCGGAAAAGAUUGCCAAACGGCAGCGCAAGCUGGAGAAGGAAAUCGAACAGGAGAUGGGCGACGAGUACACGCUGGAUCUGAAGAAGAACUACACCACCAUACCGGAGGAGGAGCGUUACGACGUCAUACCGGAGUUCCUGAACGGAGUCAACAUUGCGGACUACAUCGAUGCGGACAUCUUCGAGAAGCUGGAGGAGCUCGAACGCGAGGAAGGUUUGCGGAUGGAUUCUGGCUUCUACGAACCACCACCGCUCAACCUGGACGAAACGUUGCUCGAAAUUCGCGAGAUGGCUAAACAGAUCCGGCUGCGACGCUUCCAGCUCAAGGAUAGCCGCAAGCUGGCGCAGAAGAGCGGUCGUCCGAUUAUGCCCCGACACAAACAGUCGAUGGUACGCUCGCGCAAAGCGGACGAUCUGCGACAGACGAUGGAAAAUCUCGGUCUCGACAUGUCUGGCACGGAGAAAACGAACUUUGCCAAGAGCCAGGUCAGCAUCAAGCGCAGCGUUAUACCGGCGAUUGGGGGACCGAAAACACCGAAGAAGGAUCAUGAAUCGCGUGCGAUCUGCAAGGCGACCGGGCUGCCAAUCAAACGGAAAACGCCACGCAACGAGCUGGGCAUCAAAAAUGUUAUGCUUAAAGCGAAGGCGAAGGUCAUGGCGAAACACGACAUUGCGAAGCGUGUUACGAAGAUGUCCCGCAAGGGUGAAGCCGAUCGACAUAUACCGGAUCUUAAGCCGAAACAUCUGUUCGCUGGCAAGCGAGGCACUGGCAAAACCGACCGUCGUUAG